AUGUUGCCUGCCAUCACAAAUGAUGUGCCCAGCACAAACCGACCUCGGUUUUCGCUGGCCAGCAUUGCUGCCUUGGACUCAAACACGUUUGCUCAGGAAUUUACCGAGACCGAACACCAGGCGGCUGUGCGCGCACUGCUCAGACAUGAUGCUCACCUUGAUGGCACUCAUUUUCAUACCAGGAAACCCGCUGGUCUUCAUCCUUCAUAUAUUGCUUUCAACUCAUACACAACUUUGGAUGAGAAGUUUAUGAUGCACAAGGAAUUUGUUGAGGCAGCAUUGCAGGACCUCUUUGAUGCAGUUGCAAUGCAAGACCGUCUUGAUGGUAGGAUCUCUCUUGUUAUUCGUUGUCCUGGCUCUGAAGCUACACCAACUCUUUCACCCGAGCAUCUCUCUCUUGAUCUCUAUAUCACACCGCGUGAAUUAUGUGAAUCUCCUGACCGCAUUGGAGGAGAUAUAUCUGUCAUGGUGCAGGCUUUUGAGGAAGAGUUUGCAGUCCCACAUUUACGGCACUUCACAGAGCGCUGCCACAUUGAGGGUGUUGUCCCUCCUCACCACUGUAAGUCAGCACCUUCCUUUUCUCUCAUGACGAUCUAA